GUUCACUCAUCGCUCACAGGGGAUUGAUAAUUAGGUCUAUCGAGCAAGUGUCUGCAGUAAGAGCUCUCAACUCUGGCUUCCCAGACAUGGCGUCUUCUGGAUCGGAAGAAAAGCCGGAUCUGCAUGUUAUGAUAAUCGGGGCGGGUGUCACCGGUUUACUGAUUGCGCAAGGGCUUAAGAAUAAUGGCAUCAGCUUCUCAAUCUUUGAAUCCGAAUCUACAAGCUCUCGUCCAAGGAGUCGAGAAUGGGGAAUGUCCAUUCAUUGGUCACGUCCUCUACUGAAAGAGUUGCUCCCAGACGAACUGCUUGACAAGAUCCGAGAAGCGCAAGUGGAUCCCAGUUAUGAUACUUCCAACCCGAAGGGAUACGCUGUCCCUUUCUACAACGCCAAGACGGGAGAGCACAUUGUAGAUAUCCCAAUGGUCAACGCCAUUCGAGUUUCGAGGAGGAAAAUGCGUGCCCUCUGCGCCGAGGGCAUCGACAUUCUGUAUGGCAAAAAACUCGUUUCGCUAACCUCCACACCUUCUGAUGUUACCGGAACCUUCGCCGAUGGGACUACUGCUACAGGUUCCAUAUGCAUUGGAACAGACGGGGCGCAAUCAGCUGUUCGUCAACUGGCAUUACCUGGUGAAACUGGCAGGGCUAUUCCUUUGGAAGUCGUUUUGUACAAUCUUAAUGUUUGCUACGGUGAUGCCGAGAAGUCCAAGGCUGUGCGAAGCGUUCACUUUAUGAACUCCGUAGCGCUACAUCCGGAGAAGAAUCUAUCAAUCUGGACAUCAAUCCAAGAUGUUCCUGAUGCUAACAAACCGGAAACGUGGCAAUAUCAGAUCAUGCCAACCUGGCUUGCAGAUGGUAAAACUCACGAAGGCGGUGCAAAAGGACUCGUAGAGCUCAAAGAGGUUGCAGCUCACCUUGCUGAGCCUUGGAAAUCCUCCCUUUUGUGGAUCCCAGACGACACAGACGUGACUUAUAGCUCUGUAUCAUACUGGCCAACCAUUGAGUGGGACAGCCAACACGGUACCCUUACGUUGGCAGGAGACAGUGCGCACCCAGUCCCGCCUCAUCGAGGCCAAGGACUCAACCACGGCAUUGCAGACGCGCAUAACUUCAUCAAGGCUGUAUUAGAUAUCAAGAAUGGGACAAGGACGAAGGGUGUGGCGAUUGAGGAAUACAACGCUGAGUUGGUUAAGAGAGGCGCGGAUGAAGUAGAGACAAGUCGAAGGAAUGCACUGCUGGUGCACGAUUUUGAGAAAUUCAUGGACUCACCAGUACUUAAUAAACAGGGGUACGGUAAAUCAAAGGUCAACUAGGUAGCAGAAUCAGUCACAUAGGAUCACGAAGUCAUGAAGCGAUCGAGGUCCACCCUUGUUCGGCGUUCAUUUGCCAAGUCCAAUCUAGUCAUCUGAGGACCUUGACAUGAAGCCGUCUCUAGAGACUCUGCAAUGC